GCGGCCGCCGUCCGCCGCGAGAAGGAGGAAGGGACUGCCAUGGGGCUGCUGUCCCAGGGCUCCCCGCUGAGCUGGGAGGAGACCCAGCGCCACGCCGACCACGUGCGGCGGCACGGGAUCCUCCAGUUCCUGCACAUCUACCACGCCGUCAAGGACCGGCACAAGGACGUGCUCAAGUGGGGCGACGAGGUGGAAUACAUGUUGGUAUCUUUUGAUCAUGAAAAUAAAAAAGUCCAGUUGAUCCUGUCUGGAGAGGAAGUUCUUGAAAUUCUACAAGAGAAGGGGGAAAGGACAAAUCCAAACCAUCCUACCCUUUGGAGACCGGAAUAUGGAAGUUACAUGAUCGAAGGAACACCUGGACAGCCUUACGGAGGAACCAUGUCUGAGUUCAACACAGUUGAGGACAACAUGAGAAAACGUCGGAAGGAAGCUACUUCCGUAUUAGAAGAAAAUCAGGCUCUUUGCACAAUAACUUCAUUUCCCAGAUUAGGCUGUCCUGGGUUCACACUGCCCGAGUACAAACCCAACCCGGUCGAAGGAGGAGCUUCCAAGUCCCUCUUCUUUCCAGAUGAAGCAAUAAACAAGCACCCCCGCUUCGGUACCCUAACAAGAAAUAUCCGACAUAGGCGAGGAGAAAAGGUUGUCAUCAAUGUACCAAUAUUUAAGGACAAGAAUACACCAUCUCCGUUUAUAGAAACGUUUCCUGAAGAUGAUGAGGCAGCAAGGGCUUCCAAGCCGGACCAUAUUUACAUGGACGCCAUGGGAUUUGGGAUGGGCAAUUGUUGUCUCCAGGUGACAUUCCAAGCCUGCAACAUAUCUGAGGCCAGAUACCUUUAUGAUCAGUUGGCCACUAUCUGCCCAAUUGUCAUGGCUUUGAGUGCUGCAUCUCCUUUUUACCGAGGCUAUGUGUCAGACAUUGAUUGUCGCUGGGGAGUGAUUUCUGCAUCUGUAGAUGAUAGAACUCGGGAGGAAAGAGGACUGGAGCCACUGAAGAACAAUAACUAUAGGAUCAGUAAAUCCCGAUAUGAUUCAAUAGACAGCUACUUGUCUAAGUGUGGUGAGAAAUAUAAUGACAUCGACUUAACAAUAGAUAAAGAAAUCUAUGAACAACUAUUGCGGGAAGGCAUUGACCAUCUCCUGGCCCAGCAUGUUGCUCAUCUCUUUAUUAGAGACCCACUGACUCUGUUUGAAGAGAAAAUACACCUGAAUGAUGCCACCGAGUCUGACCAUUUUGAGAAUAUUCAGUCCACAAAUUGGCAGACAAUGAGAUUUAAGCCCCCUCCUCCAAACUCAGAUAUUGGAUGGAGAGUUGAAUUCCGACCCAUGGAGGUUCAGUUAACGGAUUUUGAGAACUCUGCCUACGUGGUGUUUGUAGUCCUGCUCACCAGGGUGAUCCUUUCGUACAAACUGGAUUUUCUCAUUCCACUGUCAAAGGUUGAUGAAAACAUGAAAGAAGCACAGAAGCGAGAUGCUGUCUUACAGGGAAUGUUUUAUUUCAGGAAAGAUAUUUGCAAAGGUGGCAACGCCGUGGUGGAUGGGUGCAGCAAGGCCCAGAACAGCUCGGAGCAGACUGUCGAGGAGUACACCCUCAUGAGCAUAGACACCAUCAUCAAUGGGAAGGAAGGCGUGUUUCCUGGACUGAUCCCGAUUCUGAACUCUUACCUUGAAAACAUGGAAGUGGAUGUGGACACCAGAUGUAGUAUUCUGAACUACCUAAAGCUAAUUAAGAAGAGAGCAUCUGGAGAACUAAUGACAGUUGCCAGAUGGAUGAGGGAGUUUAUCGCAAACCAUCCUGACUACAAGCAAGACAGUGUAAUAACUGAUGAAAUGAACUACAGCCUUAUUUCGAAGUGUAACCAGAUUGCAAAUGAGUUAUGUGAGUGCCCAGAGUUACUUGGACCAGCCUUUAGGAAAGUGAAAUACAGUGGAAGUAAAACUGAAUCUUCAAACUAGACAUUCUGCAGAGAGAG